AUGUUUUCUCUCGGGGAGAAAAUGGAGUUUCUCAUAGCAAACCCCUUUUCAACACCUGUUGGCCAGAGAAUCGAGCAAGCAACCAGUGGGUCUCGACAGUCAGAGGACUGGGGCCUUAACAUGGAGAUUUGUGACAUCAUCAAUGAGACAGACGAGGGUCCUAAAGAUGCAGUCAAAGCUAUUAAGAAGAGAAUUGUGGGUAACAAAAACUUCAGAGAAAUCAUGUUGGCCCUUACUGUUCUAGAGGCAUGCGUAAAGAACUGUGGCCAUCGUUUCCAUGUUUUUGUGGCAUCGCAAGAGUUUGUUGAAGGAGUUUUGGUGCGAGCCAUUUUACCCAAAUAUAACCCGCCCACUGCCCUCCAUGACAGAGUGCUGAGUCUCAUACAGUCAUGGGCUGACGCGUUCCGUACUUCCCCCUCUCUUGCGGGUGUGGUGUAUGUUUACGAUGACCUGAGGAGACGAGGGUUGGAAUUUCCCAUGACAGACCUUGAUGCGCUAUCUCCCAUUCACACUCCCAGCAGGACUGUGCCUGAAAACGAAACCAAUGAGUCCAAGGAUGCUCCUCCCAAUCAGUCACAACAACAAACACCUUCCAAAUCUUCUGCUACAAAUGCAUCACCUGCAUCCCAGCCCAGUGAAGAACUAGGUGCUCUCUCUGCAGCACAGAAAGAAAAGCUGCAGCAAGAACUUUCACGUGUAAAGGGAAACCUUAAUGUAAUGUCUGAAAUGCUGAAUGAACUUAAACCUGGACAGAGCAAGCAGGAUGAUACGGAACUCCUGCAGCAACUUUACUCAGUGUGUAAAAACAUGCAGACUCGAGUGGUGGAACUCAUUCCCCAAUUGCUGGAUGAAGAACUCAUUGAGGAGCUUCUGGUGGUUAAUGAUGACCUCAACAACGCUUUCAUUCGUUAUGAAAGGUUUGACAGGCUUAACAAGGCACAAAUUACAAAUACUGAACAGAGUUCUGUUAGCCGCCUGGACCUCAUCGACCUUAGCCCAGAGCCCUCAGCAAUGAGUCAACCCGCCGUCAUUACAACAAACAAUCAACCUGAAGUCAACAAGUGGACCAAUGAGAGGCAGACUGCAAACCACAAAGAUGAGGAAGAGUUUGACAUGUUUGCACAAACCCGAGGCAGUUCCUUAGCAGAGCUGAGAAAGAGUGUCAGGUAUGAAGAACCUGGAGCUGUAGAGGGGCUUGCUGAGGCCUUAGACUCAAGGCUGCAAGUCACAGGAUCUAUCGGACAAGCCAAAAACACACUUCAGAACAAUGUGGAUAAAUGGCUGACUAGUGAUAUGCAAGACCAGUCUGCAGUCAGUGAGGGAGUCUCCAGUGAAGAGUUUGAUAAGUUUUUGGAUGAUCGGGCAAAGGAAUCUGACCAACAUUACCAUACAUCUUGUGGAACACUGCCUUCGACAACAAGACUGCUGCCACAGUCGACAAGGCAACAGGACAAUUCACAUGACAAGCUUUUUUCCCUCUAG